UAAAUUUUGAAGAAAAAAAAAAGACAGAACAAUAAACCCUAAAAUAAAAUUUCCCCCUUUCAGUAGCUGCCUCUUUUUGGUUCCUGCCGGUUGUAAUACCGCCGAGUUAAGCAAAAAGCCGAGACUGUGUGUGUGUGAAUCAUGAGGGGAGUAAAACGCGCCGCCGUCUCCGAAUCUAAUGAUCCUUCCUUUAAGAAUGCUAAACCAAUUGAAGGAACCUUAUUUGGUAUCCAGAAGAAUGUGGCACCGAUGCAGAAGAGUUCAUUAACAUCAGCAUCAUUGGAUAAGCAGAGAGCUGAGUUAGCUAGGAAGAAUGUGAGAGCUCUUAAUAACCAAUUUGUAAGUUGGGUGCAGUUACAGCUGAAGAAUCAUCCUGAUGAACUUUGGGAAGAUGGGAUGAAUGACUACAUUUCGCAUGCUUCCAACAUUCUGGAAAAGUUUAAGGAUGUUGUCAACUGGCUGAAAGAAAAUAAGGGACAGGGAGAGAAUGUAUCCCCUGAAUCUCGUGGAGCAGAGAAGAAAAUAGUGGCUGACGCCAAGAAUAGCGAUGUUAAAUCAGUUUCGAAUAAUAGCCUAUUUGCUUCAAACAGUCAGCCUGGGCUCUUCUCAAACAAUCCAUCUUCCAAUUUUUCAAGUAGUCAGUCUAAUUUGUCUUCAAGCCAACCUGGAGCAUUCUCCAGCAGUCAAUUUGGUUCAACAUUUAAUAGCCAGACUGGGUCUUUUGGCAGUGGCCAGUUUGGUGUCGCCAAAAGCAGCCAACCAAGCCUAUUAUCCAGCAGUCAAGAAGGAGCAGUCUCUAAUAGCCAGACUGGGUCUUUUAGCAGUGGCCAGUUUGGUUCGGCCAAAAGCAGCCAACCAAGCCUGUUUUCCAGCAGUCAAGCAGGAGCAGUCUCUAAUAGCCAGACUGGUCUUUUUAGCAGUGGCCAGUUUGGUUCGGCUAAAAGCAGCCAACCAAGCCUAUUUUCCAGCAGUCAAGCAGGAACAGUCUCAAAUAGCCAGACUGGGUCUUUUAGUGGCCAGUUUGGUUCGGCUAAAAGCAGCCAACCAAGUCUAUUUCCCAGCAGUCAAGCGGGAGCAGUCUCUACUAGCCAACCUCCUUUCUCAUCUUCGAAUAAUCAAAACCCUUUUUCAUCUGGAGCAGCUCCAGUGCCCAUAGCAGUAAAGCGGGAUUCUGCAGAUGAUGCAGAUGGUGAAGAUGAACAACCUCAACCGAGCAGCCCAUCUGUCAAAAAGACUAAAGAAGAGGGUGUUACUGUGGUUCAUGAAGUCAAAUGCAAACUUUAUGUGAAGUCAAGUGACCCAGCAGAUAAAGGUUGGAAAGAUAGAGGAACUGGCAAUCUCUCUAUAAAAUGCAAAGAAGGCGUUGACAAGGGGACAAAAGAAUCAAAACCCACAAUCCUUGUCCGAAAUGAUGUUGGUAAACUGCUUCUGAAUGCACUACUGUAUGCUGGAAUCAAGACGAGCCCACAGAAGAACGCCCUUGUUGCAAUAUUUCACUCCUCGGAGGACUCCAGCGAGAAUGUAACGCCGAGAACCUUUCUGAUACGGACAAAGACUGCAGAAGCUAGAGAUAAAUUAGCAACGGCCAUCCAUGAAUACGCCCCUUCUUCAUAAAAUGCCCUUAACAAGGUUGAUAUCUUCACUGUACCUUUUAAAAGCUUAUAUGAGUUGUCCUCUCCCUGUAUUUUUUCCUUGAUUUGUAAAAUUAGGAAGGCUCUUUAAGAAGGCUUUGAUUAAGGGCAAAAAUUGUUGUAUGGUUGAGCGAGAGAGAGAGGGAUAGCUAAAGCUACUUAGAGAGUAUGUUGUGCCAAUCUACUUUGUAACUUUAAAACCCAAAAACAAUAAAAAUCAUUUCUUUCUAUAAGAAGUUAUCUGAUUUAACUU